UGUUUGUUUAAAGACACUUUUAUUUCAUUAUUAAAGCAAUUAGCAGGUAAACAUGAUGUCCCGAUGAGCCAAUACAAAGCUCAUUUACACAUUUCAAAAACCAACUAUUACGUUUUCGUGCACUCUUGGUUCAAAUUGACAGACGGCUUAAUGAGUGCGACAGGACAAAGCUACCAUUGUACGAAAAAUAAAACUUAUUGGAAAAUAGAAAUGAACACAUUGACUAAACCUAGCAUUCAAUUGGAAAAUAGGCAUUGGAGAUCUAAAAACAGAGAAUAGAAAUAUCACCACCAGCCUCCUUAGUAAAUGUGGUCUUUGGUUGCUAGACAAUUGGAAGGUUGCGCGUAAAAAUGCGAUAUAGAAUUAAAGGAUAAGAAGUCAUAAUGUGCGUUUUAUCUCAGUUAUCAUUAAAAAGUUCUGCCAGAUCACGAAGACAGAACCAACUACAAUAGAGCACGCCACUCGCAUUACCACACGAUCGAAAAGCAUGCAAACCGACGAGCGAUCAUCUCCGUUGAAGGCGGACAGCGACAACAUCUUCCCUUGCCCAUGCAGUGUCUGUGUGCCAACAUAUGGAAAAGAUUUCAGCAGUGAGACAGCUCUAAUGGCACCUCCUAGAGAGACAAUGUCGAGGCAUCAUCGACUAUUAGGCUUUACUGGCCCCCCGAUUCCCAUGUUACCAUAUACUCAGAUUCCGGGUUCUCCUACUCGCCUCUUGAUGCCGUACGCUCUUCAUAGAGCGCCAUAUCAAAGAGCAGUCUUUGCCCCCGACGCCUGUUACAGAUCGGGAAGUGUGCAAGAAACUCCCAAACAAGAAAUCUUAAGAGAAAGCCAUCUCAUUCAGACUGAAUCCUUAACACCAAAUCCCGAUGCUUCUGGGAGAUAUUGGGACCGAUCUGGUAAUAAAGGUCCACACGAGAAAUCACGCCGAAUGCGCACAGUCUUCUCUCCUCAACAGCUCGACAGACUGGAACGAUAUUUUAAGAAUCAGCAGUAUGUGGGAAGUGCCCAGCGGAUUAUCAUCGCUUCACAGCUCGGUCUCUCAGAAACCCAAGUCAAAGUUUGGUUUCAAAAUCGGCGAAUAAGGUGGAGGAAGACAGCGCUUAAUGGUCCAAAAAAAACUCUCACAGAAGACCAAGAGUCCUAAUGUAAUGGGACUCUAACGAAGUCAA